UCCGGGUCAGCGGCCAGAUGGUAAUAACACCUAGCUUCCGGUCACGUGAGACUACUGUCAGUGACAAUACCAGGGGAGGGGCUAUUAGGGUCACAUGAUCGGCUGCAAAGCGUUCAGAUCAUGUGGAUUGUGAGAGCUCAAAGAAAGAAACUGUGGACCUGAUGCCUAAGGAUAUUGUAGUCCACAUUACAUUGUGUGAUCUGAAACAGAAAGUGAAACUACCAGGGAACCCCGACAGUGAGAACAUAAGGAAACUCGAAGAUGGAUUUUCAUGAUGUCAUAAUAAUCUUAAUAUAUAUAACCUUAGCAAUGGAUGUAAAACUAAAUUUACUCUUCAAAAAGAAGACACCAUGGCAGGUGUGUCAGCAAUCAGGGUGUUGGGGACAUUUCUGGGGGGUGUCCUAUUCCUCAUAUUAUGCAACUCAGGAGAAACAUCACAUGAGUGUUACAGGGAUCUACCACUACAAAGACAAAUUAUCAAAGAGGCACUGAAACUUCUGGAGAAAAUGAAUGAGAUCCCAUACCUUGAGUGUCUGAAGGAAAAUGCAACGUUUAACUUGGCAGAGUCUAUGAACAAGACAAUAAAGCUGUCACCGGAAUCCUUAUAUAUAAUCCUUGGCUACACUGGGAAACUCUUUGCUGCUAAUAAGAUGCCGACCACAGAUCACAGUAGUAAAGGAAAUGUCACAGACAGACUGAGGAGCUUGCUGUCCGCGAUGUCCCAGGCAUGGACAGAGUGUGUCUACAGACAGAUAAUUCAAUCAAAAACUAAACUGGCAAAGAUGACAAACAGUGUAAAGAAAAUCACAUACUAUUUCCAUAGGAUGGAUAAAUACUUGAAAACAGAGAAUUACAGUCUCUGCGCCUGGGCUUCUGUUAGCAUUGAAGUGGAGAAAGUUAUGAAAUAUGUGGCCAGACAGACGGACAGGCUGAUCAGAGACAUGAAGAAUGAGACUCAGAGAUUCCAGAGAUGAGGAAACAUCAUGACCACACAGCCAAUCCCGUGCAGCAGCACAGAAACAGACAAUCGACCAAUAGUAUGGGUUAUCAUAGAAGCUAUACUAUACACACUGGAGACAUUCCAUCUUCUCUUUCACAGUGGCAGAAUAUUGUUUUUAAUCUUAUGUGAGUUUAUAUUGUUAGGUCCUUCCCAAACGCUUUUAUCCCCUAUCAUAUAUUUGUAUUUAUUUAUUUAUUUAUUUAUUUCU